AUGAUUGACCUAACAUGCUAUGCAUUUGCUCACAAUAAGUACGUUUCGACUACUGUGAGGUUUUUGGAAACAGUCAACGGAAGGGAAAAAGUGCUCAGAUUAUUACAGUUUUCAUUAAGGUUCAUCAGUUCCAUUUCUUUAUUCCCCAUAUUAGCUGAUUUACAGGCAGAGAUUAAUAUUGUGAGAAAGUUUCUAAGAUUUUUGAAACCAAUCCAGAAUUUACAAAUUGCUGCCAAGUUUUACUCUAAUGAUUCAUUGGCUGACGGUGCUACAAUAAGAUGUCUUAAUAUUAUCAGAAAUUUGCUCUUUGGUGUCUACUUGGGCUUAGAUCAAAUUAAUCUAUUGAGAAUUCUGAAAGUUUUACCCACUACCCUGUUCUACUCAAAAACCGUUCCUUUCUACACAAAUCUCUUUUGGUUACUCUCUCUGUUUUGUGCUAUUUCUAUUGACGUUUUACAUGUGAUAAUGUGCUGUUCUUCUAGUACUAACAAGCCUGCAAGUGCUAAGGACAUUGACGAUGACAAAAAUCUCAAAGCAGUCAAAGCUUCAAUGGUGAAAAAGAGGAAGGUAUAUGUGAGAAAGUGGUUAUGGGAUGUAAUGGACACAAUCAUUGUUUUGAAUUUCCUUCAAUUUGUAAAUAAUGGUGACCGUUUGGUUGGUCUGCUGGGGAUGGUAACCUCCUGGUAUGGUAUUCAAGAUGUGUGGGGAGAUUGCUUUUACUUUUCGAAUUGA